AGUCCUUCUUGAUUUUAAUUUUUAUACAAGGUCUCACUAAAUUGCUUAGGGCCUUGCUAAGUUGCUGAGAUAGGCCUCCAGUUUGUGAUUUUUUACCACAGCCCUCCUACAAGCAUGUGGCAUUGUGCAUAGUUAGUUUUCAAACUCGUUGAAAUUUUGUCCUCUGGUAAAGUCCUUAACAGUGGCCUUCAAAGCCCUACCAGGAAAUUUUCCCCUCUGYGACUUAACUCAUCUUGUACCACAUGUCCCCUUCUCUUAUUGUCUUUCAAACUGGCUUCCUUGUUCUGWGUCAGGGUCUUUGCACUUGGUGUUCCUUCUGCUAUCCUGUCCCCUCUUAUAUCUGCUUGCUCAUCUUUUUCUCGGGGUCCACAUCAGAUAUCAUUUUCUUUCAGACCCUUGCUGAUACACCAUACCACUUCCCUUCACAUUCACUUUCUUUCUCUGUCACACACUCUCUACACCUUCUGCUUUCUAUUUCUUUCUUUCUUUUUUUUUUUUUUUUGCUUUCUAUUUCUUUAUAGAACUCACUAUGCACUGAAAUAUGCUUGUUUAAGGUCUCCUGCCACUAAGCACCAAACGUUUUUUGUCUAUUUUACUGUUACUCCCACAAAUCUCAAACAGCAUUCCAACAUUCAACAACUUUUUGUUGAAUUAAUGCUAGACGUGAACUUGACAAAACAAGACUCCUUGCCUCACGAACCAUAUUGGGGAGCCAUAAAAUACUUAAAACUGCACUGUACAGUGGGAACACAUGAACCUGCAAAUCUGCCCAGAAGAUCUACAUAAGCCGGUAUAAUGGAAUGGUUGGUUUUUGGCUGUGCUCACCAACCGAUAUUUAAGGCCCUUGUAAAACUAUAAUGUAGUAAGUAAGCAAUUGAGAUCGUAACUGGCCAAAGUGAAGUCAUAUAUUGCCAAUCAUUCUUUCCUCGCUCCAAAUGUUUAACAGGGAAAAUUUUUUGUUUCAUUUCCUCAAUUAUUUCCUCUUCCUACAAUCCAACUGGAUUAUGCAGCCGACUGGCUGGAAUGGUAUCGUCCAGGGGAGCGUGUAAUGGACUGUUCUGGGAGUCUGCGUAGUGAAUGGCUCGUUGGACCUGGCACAUGCGCAUCUUCUGCGGCGCUGCAAGAUGGCUGCCAGCCAUUUUGUCACGCCUCGGUGCCCCGUUAGCGAUGGCAGCAGCUGGAGACGCCAAGAAGUAACAGUGAACUCGGAGCAGUGGGAAUUUCCUGGCCCUGUGGUGUGAGCGAAACAGCGACGAGAGCGAUCCCGCGARGAAGCGAGAGGCGGAGCGGAGCGUUGGGCCCCGCCCUCUAACCUCUCCUGAGAUUGAUCAGCUCCUUCAUCCUUCCCUCUGGGUUUUUACUUUCAGUCCUCUGCGCGCAGAUCUGCUGCGCAGGCGCACAAAUAAUCGAAGCGCUUCCUUGGCCCUAAGGGUUUGCGGACUCCUGCGCGCGCUUCUCGAACUCCUCCCUUGAUUGGUCAGAUUGCCCCGCCAUCACGCCUCCCUUGGCUUUCAAGGUUGAGGAGGAAGCGGGGGGGCGGGGCCAGGCCGCGCGUGCGCGAUGCUGUUGCUGUCCCUUUGGUGCUAUUGCGUUGCAAAAAAAAAUCCUGACUAGGUAGCCUUGGGCCUUUUCUGUGCAAGAGAAUCUAAGGAGAGAGAGAAAGAUUUCUGCAACUGAAGGGACAGUCGGGGAAUAUUAAAUUUAAGAUAUUAACGCCCGUCCUGGCUCACAGGAGUGUGGUGAUAGGGGUGAGUAAGGGCCUUAGCGUUGAGAGCCGAAGAGUAGAAAACCAUUAGUUUCGGCGCCAGGCGUUUUGAAAGGCUUCUGUUUUCGUCGUAUUUCUCUCCUGACUACUGACUGGUUUAAACACGACCCCUGAACAAAUAUCGAUAAACCUUGGAGCCCGCAGCCCCACCUUGCAGCGCGUAGGAGCCGCCAGCGUGCCGGGCAGCGAGCCCUCCCCUCCGUCCCUCCAGGAGAGCCUAGCGCGUGCACUCCCCCACCUUCUGGCCUCCCUCCCCGUCUACGGCUUCCACGCACUCGCAGUGAUUGUUUUGCCCGCUCCCGCCGCCGCCGCCGCCGCCGCCGCCAGAGGAGCAGCAGCGCUUGUGCAGACCGGGAAGAUGGCGGCCGGCGGCGGCGGAGGCAGCAGUAAGGCCUCCUCCUCGUCAGCCUCUUCGGCAGGGGCUCUGGAGUCCUCGUUGGAUCGAAAAUUCCAGUCGGUGACCAACACCAUGGAAUCCAUUCAAGGCUUGUCGUCUUGGUGUAUAGAGAACAAGAAACACCACAGCACUAUCGUCUACCAUUGGAUGAAGUGGCUCCGGAGAUCUGCAUAUCCCCACCGUUUGAAUCUCUUUUACCUUGCCAAUGAUGUCAUACAGAACUGUAAACGGAAAAAUGCAAUCAUAUUCCGUGAGUCGUUUGCUGAUGUACUUCCUGAAGCAGCUGCUCUAGUGAAGGAUCCAUCUGUCUCCAAGUCUAUAGAACGAAUCUUUAAAAUCUGGGAAGAUAGAAAUGUAUACCCAGAAGAAAUGAUUGUGGCAUUGAGAGAGGCUUUGAGUACCACUUUCAAAACUCAGAAGCAGCUGAAAGAAAAUCUGAACAAACAACCGAAUAAGCAGUGGAAGAAAUCACAAACAUCCACGAAUCCAAAAGCUGCUCUCAAGUCUAAGAUAGUUGCUGAGUUUCGAUCUCAGGCCCUCAUUGAAGAACUGUUGCUAUAUAAGCGCUCAGAAGAUCAGAUAGAGUUAAAGGAGAAACAGUUGUCAACUAUGAGGGUGGAUGUAUGCAGCACAGAAACCCUCAAAUGCUUAAAAGAUAAAACUGGUGGGAAGAAAUUCUCCAAAGAAUUUGAAGAGGCAAGCUCUAAGCUGGAAGAAUUUGUGAAUGGACUGGAUAAGCAGGUGAAAAAUGGGCCUUCACUAACAGAAGCACUGGAAAAUGCUGGAAUUUUCUAUGAAGCACAGUAUAAAGAAGUAAAAGUUGUGGCCAAUGCAUACAAAACCUUUGCUAACCGAGUAAACAAUUUAAAGAAGAAAUUGGAUCAGUUGAAGUCAACCCUUCCUGAUCCUGAAGAAUCACCAGUCCCUUCCCCAAGUAUGGAUGCUCCCUCCCCAACUGGUUCGGAGUCCCCAUUUCAGGGAAUGGGAGGUGAGGAAUCCCAGUCACCAACAAUGGAGAGUGAGAAAUCUGCUACCACCCCUGAACCUGUGACUGAUAAUCGUGAUGUGGAAGACAUGGAACUCUCAGAUGUAGAAGAUGAUGGGUCAAAAAUCAUUGUGGAGGACAGGAAGGAAAAACCUGUGGAGAAGUCAGCUGUCUCUACUUCUGUACCUACAAAGCCAACAGAAACUCUCCCAAAGGCUUCUUCCUGUACCCCAGUGCCUGUGACCAUGACAGCAACCCCACCUCUUCCAAAGCCUGUGAAUACUUCUCUUCUGUCCCCGUCCCCAGCUUUGGCUUUGCCCAACCUGGCUAACGUGGAUCUGGCAAAGAUUAGUUCCAUCCUUAGCAGCCUAACAUCAGUCAUGAAAAAUACUGGGGUCAGUCCUGCAUCAAGACCUUCUCCAGGAACUCCUACCAGUCCCAGCAACCUCACCAGUGGCCUGAAAACACCUGCACCUGCCACAACAACAUCUCAUAACCCUCUGGCAAAUAUCCUCUCCAAGGUGGAGAUCACCCCAGAGAGCAUUCUAUCUGCUCUUUCCAAAACCCAGACACAGUCAGCCCCUGCACUACAAGGCCUGUCAUCUUUACUUCAGAGUGUUACUGGGAACCCAGUUCCAUCCAGUGAAGCUGCAUCUCAGAGCACAUCAGCUUCCCCUGCCAACACCACAGUCUCUACCAUAAAAGGAAGAAAUGUGUCCUCUAAUACCCAAUCUUUUAUUCCCAAAAGCUUCAACUAUUCUCCUAAUUCAUCAGCUUCUGAAGUCUCUUCMACUUCAGCCAGCAAGACAUCAAUUGGGCAAAGUCCAGGGCUUCCAAGCACUACGUUUAAACUGCCAUCCAACUCUUUAGGGUUUGCAGGUACCCACAGUACUAGCCCUGCUGCCCCGCCUACCGAAGUUGCCAUGUGCCAAUCUUCAGAGAUCUCCAAGCCAAAACUGGAGUCAGAGUCCACCUCCCCAAGCCUGGAAAUGAAGAUCCACAACUUCUUAAAAGGUAAUCCUGGUUUCAGUGGCUUAAACUUAAAUAUCCCAAUCCUGAGCAGUUUGGGGUCCAGUGCCCCAUCCGAGAGCCAUCCCUCAGACUUCCAGCGUGGCCCUACUAGCACUUCAAUCGACAACAUUGAUGGAACCCCUGUACGGGAUGAACGGAGUGGAACACCCACCCAGGAUGAGAUGAUGGACAAGCCUACGUCCAGCAGUGUAGAUACUAUGUCCCUGCUUUCUAAGAUCAUUAGCCCGGGUUCUUCAACACCCAGCAGUACAAGAUCACCACCCGCCGGGAGAGAUGAAAACUACCCCCGGGAGCUCUCCAAUUCUGUAUCUACAUAUCGACCCUUUGGCCUGGGCAGUGAAUCUCCCUAUAAGCAACCUUCUGAUGGAAUGGAGAGACCGUCUUCCCUGAUGGACUCUUCACAGGAAAAGUUCUAUCCAGAUACUUCUUUCCAUGAAGAUGAAGAUUACCGAGAUUUUGAGUACUCAGGGCCUCCACCUUCUGCUAUGAUGAACCUGGAGAAGAAACCAGCCAAAUCUAUCCUGAAGUCCAGCAAGGUGUCUGAUGCCCCGGAGUACCAGCCAAUCCUGUCCAGUUAUAGCCACAGGGCUCAAGAAUUUGGGGUAAAGUCAGCCUUCCCUCCAUCUGUAAGAGCCCUCCUGGACUCUAGUGAGAACUGUGACCGUCUGGCUUCUUCCCCUGGGCUCUUUGGUGCCUUCAGCAUAAGAGGGAACGAACCUGGGUCUGACCGGUCACCAUCACCGAGUAAGAAUGAUUCAUUUUUCACCCCCGACUCCAACCACAAUAGCUUGUCUCAGUCUACCACUGGGCAUCUCAGUUUGCCACAGAAGCAGUACCCAGACUCUCCUCACCCAGUCCCACAUCGUUCCCUUUUCUCUCCGCAGAAUACCCUCGCUGCUCCCACGGGCCACCCACCCACGUCAGGCGUGGAGAAAGUCCUGGCCUCCACCAUUUCCACCACGUCGACGAUUGAGUUUAAGAAUAUGCUUAAAAACGCCUCACGCAAGCCCUCAGAUGACAAGCAUUUUGGCCAGACCCCCACCAAGGGCACUUCAAAUGAUGGUGUCAGUCUCUCUGGCCUCACCCAGCCCAGCUUGACGACCGCUGAGCAGCAGCAGCAAGAAGAGCACUACCGCAUCGAGACCCGCGUGUCCUCCUCCUGCCUAGACUUGCCUGAUAGCACGGAAGAGAAAGGGGCCCCGAUAGAAACUCUGGGUUACCGCAACGCAGCGAAUAGAAGGGUGUCGGGGGAGCCCAUACAGACCGUCGAGUCCAUCCGCGUUCCCGGGAAGGGGAGUAGAGGACACGGGCGCGAGGCCUCGAGGGGGGGCUGGUUCGACCUGAGCACAUCGGGCAGCUCUUUUGACAAUGGCCCUUCCAGUGCCUCUGAUUUGGCCUCCCUUGGGGGUGGGGGCAGCGGAGGCCUCACUGGCUUUAAAACAACACCAUACCAGGAGCGGGCACCCCAGUUUCAGGAGAGUGUCGGCAACUUUCGUUCCAACAGCUUCAACUCAACAUUUGAGCAUCAUCUCCCCCCGUCCCCCUUGGAACAUGGGACACCCUUCCAGAGAGAGCCAGUGGGGCCGCCAUCCGCCCCACCUGCCCCUCCUAAGGACCACAGUGGUAUCUUCCCUCGAGAUGCGGCCGCUCAUCUGCCCUCUGUGGACCUCACGAAUCCCUUCACGAAGGAGGCAGCCCUGGCCCACGCUGCCCCCCCGCCUCCUCCUGGGGAGCACAGCGGAGUCCCCUUCCCUGCCCCGCCCCCCCCUCCGCCCCCCGGGGAACAUGGCAGCAGUGGUGGGAGUGGGGUCCCCUUCUCUACUCCGCCCCCUCCUCCGCCCCCUGUCGACCACUCUGGAGUUGUCCCCUUCCCCACCCCUCCACUGGCAGAGCACGCAGUGGCCGGGGCUGUGGCAGUGUUUCCCAAGGACCAUAGCUCCCUCCUUCAAGGGACCCUGGCUGAGCAUUUUGGGGUGCUCGCAGGACCCAGGGACCAUGGGGGCCCCACCCAACGGGACCUCAACGGCCCUGGCCUGAGCCGUGUGCGGGAGAGCCUGAGCCUACCCGCCCACUCUCUGGAGCACCUGGGCCCAGCUCAUGGAGGAGGUGGGGGAGGCGGCAACAGCGGCGGUGGCCCCCCCUUGGGUCCCUCACACAGAGACACCAUCAACCGGAGUGGUAUGAUUUUACGGAGUCCCCGGCCAGACUUUCGGCCUAGGGAACCUUUUCUCGGCAGAGACCCAUUCCACAGUUUAAAGAGACCCAGGCCACCUUUCGCUAGGGGCCCUCCGUUCUUUGCACCAAAACGCCCAUUCUUCCCUCCCAGGUACUGAUGGAAACCAAGGGAAAGAAGCAUUUUGAACAGUCUAGAGAGCAUUGCAAGUAGGAGUUUGGUUUAUUGCUGUUUUUAUUUGUUUUCCCUCCUUUGAUUUAUUUUUUUUUAUUAUGAUAAAGGGCCUCCCUUCCAAAUUAAAAAGUCAUCUCUGCUUACAUUUUACUAUUCCAUCCAGUCCCUCCUCCUACAGCACUUACUUGCUUCUCCAAGCUAUUUGUAUUUAAGAAAGAAACACAACCAAAGGCCACUUCAUUUGGCUGGGGGCUUGGGGAGUGGGGAGGAAACGAUCUUUAUUUUAUCCCAUCUAUUAAAGAGUAUAACUACAUUUGAAAUAAAACUUCCAUCAGUACAGAUAAUAACAUGCGGAAUGUUGGGGUGUUAUUUUGGGGUUGGCUUCUGUAGUAGUGAUGGAAGGACCCCUGGCCUCUUCCUUCUCCAACAAAGUAAUGCUGUAACCAGUGUGAUUCCCUGUUCUCGCUCUGCCCUGCUGGCAGCAGGAGAUGUUGCAAGGGAGGAAAUGUGGAAGAUCUUGGGCCUGUCGGGGUUUUUUGGUUUUGGUUUUUAUUUUUUUCUGUCAGGUUUCUUUGUUUCAUUUUUUAGGGAUGUUGUACUUUCCCCUUUUCCUAAAAUCUUAACUUUUUUUUUUUUUCCUCCAAUCAGACCCUUCCUCUAAAGUACUAUCAGGCAGUAACUUUGAGGAAAUACAAAACUCAUUCUAUACUGGUCAAAAUUUUUCUCCUUUUAAAAGGAAUGAAAGGGGGCUGAAUAUAAGUUCCAGGUUAAAAUAAGGAUAUAUGCCUACGAUACAUCAAACUAGGAAGGAGCCAUUGAGGUGUGCUGGGACCUGAUUGUCUUCUGUAAGCAAGAGGGAACAGGACACAUUCCAGGCAUCUUGCACCAAGCUCUUGCUUUCUGCUUUUCUUUCUUUCUCAUUUUUUUCCCCUUGAUCUUCAUUUCUAUUUUAACUAGAAAGUCACUACAGUUGACAGUUGAUACAAAGAUGCAAAUGAAAUAUUAUCCCUGCAUUUUUUUUUUAUAGAAGUUAAUUUUACUUCUCUAACAUGGUGUUCAUUGGUGGUUUUCAGCAAACGUUAACUGUUGAGAAAGGGAAAUAUUUGUCUUCAGCUUGGUUUCCCCCCUUGCCUCCGUCCUGUAUCACCCCUACUCUUGGUAACUCAGAGGAGGAGAUUCAGUAGUACUUUAUAUUAUUACCUCUUUAAGUGUGUUUUGGAAACAGGUGGGUGUUACUAUUCAUGUCAUUACAGAGAAAACGAAAGACCUGAAAAAUCCAAAUUGCCCCCACUCUGCAGAUAGCAACCUGUCACAUUUCAAGGCUCCAGCUUUAUCCCCCCCACUUCUUAUGCUCAACAGGAAGCAAAGAAUGUUUCUGCUUUUCAUUUUACAUGAGAGAGGUAUAYUUUCCUUC